AUGCAGUUCGGUCGCAGAGAUAGAGAAGGGAGAACCGCAGAGCGGAUUGCGGAAAGUCUGGGCUAUACAGAAUCUGCAUUAGCUGCAACGUAUGAUGAUGGAAACGCUGCAUUUGAGGACGUUCACGAAGAAGAUGAUGCUACGUAUAACCGACGAUGCAGACAAGACGACACCGAGAGUUAUUGUCCAUCUUCAAUUCCCAGCAUUGAGGCAGCCGCAGUAGCACAGACUCUUAUUCGUGAUCGGAUGGCAAACAAAGAGACAUUUACAUUCCAAUUUCUAUGGUCUCGAUGGGCGAAGCACUGGAGAACCCGGAUCAAACAGUCUCGUCAAAGAUGCCGUGCUAUCACCACAAUGGAGCUAAAUGGCCGUUCUAUUCCAGAGCAUCCCGGCCAAUUCUUCAUUGCCGAUGAUUUGCAAUGCUUUCUAGCACUCCACCAUUCAACUAAAUUCAACUACAAUGGUUGGAUCACAUUGCCUGGUCCACCCACCUGGUGGAACUUCGAUUUCGAAAAACUCGGGAUCGAUGGGGAUGGCAGAGACACUAUCCAGGCACGCAAAAGAGCUCUCCGAAUGAUCUAUGCCAAAAAGAUGCCCAGGAAUUUUUUCACCUUUGAAGUUUCUGUUGUUUCUAUUCUUGCACUGAGGAGAAAACCCGAUUUCUUCAGAGAUUCUUUCAUCUUUUCCGGAUUAUCACAAUGA